AUGACUUAUACCGAGGCUGCUCAAUUUGUUCAAGCGAUAGACGAUGCUUCAAAGAUGGCGCUGACCGACGCUGCACAAAUCAACUAUCGUUCGGUUCUCGUCGGUCCCAUGCUCCCCUUACAAUGUGAUCAAGUCGAUGCAUGGACACUAAGCGUGGCGGCAAACUGCCGAACUGUGAGAUCUACAUACAUCCACCGCGUAGGAUAUCAGUGUCCACUGGCUAGCCAAGUCGCACUGCCCCAACCGUUGCCCGCCCCAGGCGGUACAUGCAGCGCAAUAACAGACCCAACGAUGGAUUUCUCAGCGUUUGGACGAAUCUCUGUCGGCGUCUCCAUCUAUCAACUGGCCGAAGUGUUAGAAAGUAUUAUGAAGGCAUACUCCUGGCGUUCGCUUUUAAUAGUAUAUCAGAAGGAUCCAACGGACAAUAUGAGGGAGGUAGCUGACCAAUUGGUCUUGCAGUGGGAAACCAACAAAGCCUCCAUCAGAGUGACAGAUAUACGCGGGUGGGCUGAAGAACUGGAUUACAAGCCAAUCAUCUCGCCUAGCAAGGAGAAGCACGCAGUUUGUCUCAUGCUUGGUCAGCUGAGGAUUGUGGCAAGUUUCCUUCUGGCAAUAAAACAGACUGACCCCGAACAAAUCGGAUCUGCUCCAUUCAUUGUUUUUGACCAAACAGUGUUCUCUGAGGACGCACGCCGAAUAUGGGAGGGUUUGUCAAAAAGCCAGCCCGAACUGGGAACAUUGACCAACACCCCACUUCUACUUGUUCCUCAUCCAUAUCAGUUGGACUUACCAACAACAGUUGUAGCCGGGACUGAGGAAACUUACAAAGCACUCAGCCUCGCUGUGGGUUUUGCGCUACAGGUGCACCUACAAACGAUGUCAGUUGGUUUGUCAGACAUCACGGCGGGCUUUUUUGCCAAUAUAAACGGAAGUACGCUAAAAAUUCCAGUCGGAAACCCAGAAACUGUUUCGGUGACCUUUGGAAAAGCAGGGAAGCCAGUAGAUGCAGCUCUUGACUUCACCAUGGUCCUCCCAUCACUGGCCGCUACAGGCACUGGUUUGAAUUUGACUAAGGUGGCGAGCCUCUCUUGGCCAGAUUAUGCGGUUAAAUUUCGUGUCAACCUACCAUGGGAUAAAGAGCCAUAUGAUGCGGAAGAUCUGCCGGAGUGUGAACCAGAGAGUUUUCCUCGAUUGCAGAGUAAUCCAGACCUCCGGUUCCCAACACUGAACAGUGAGCCGAAACUGAAUGCCGGUUCUGCGAGCCGUGUCGCUCUGAGUGCGGAUGAUCCUACCAAAUCGCUGGCAUCCGUGAUCAGCGGGGACGGAAUAAGUGACACCAACACCGCAAGAUACAAUAAUGGUCUUGUGUAUGUGAAACGACUGGAUUUGGAGAACCCGACAUUGAAGCGUCGUUUCUUGGAUACUGUGCGUACAUUGAGAGAAAUUCGCAAUGAGAAUAUUAACCAGAUGAUCGGAUGUUACGUGGAUAUUAGCUCUCUGUGCAUUGUGUUUGAACAUUGUAGCAGAGGUAGCCUCAAGGAUGUGAUCAACAAAGAAUCGAUUGUACUGGAUUGGGAAUUUAAACUAUCACUCAUAACAGAUGUGGUGAAACAAUAUCAUGUCGAUUCACAAGAGUUAGUUGUGAGUAACCCGUUUUUAUUAGAACGCAUACGUUACCUUUUGUUUUAA